UAUGUAAGACGUGACGUACGUAUUUCCCCAGUAAUAAUGGUCACAUGUUGUUCGCGGGGACUGUCCAAUUGGCUUUCUUUCACUUCCCAUUUCUGUCUGCAGGGUUCGCACCAACUGGAGGAGUUACAGUGAGAAUUAAUUAACCUUGGUCGUGCACGCGCAUCUUGCACGGCGCUGCUCUUUUCAUCUUAGUAUCGGCUCCGCAGCCUUUGUCCUGCCCCCCGCUGUAGCGUGCAGCUACCCGCCGGAGCGAAACCUUGCCCUGGGACGGCGGUCGGACCUUUGCCCGGGACUGGAACGUGGCGGAGCGGAGUCAAGCGCCGCGUCCGCUCCGGACCGACACUCGGGAUAGCCAGGCGCUUCCCCUUCGCUCGCUCGCUCGCUCGCUCUUUCUUGCAAGUCUUGCUGCAUUUGCGGUGGGAACCGGCGCUACCAUCUCCCUUCUCUGUUAUGCUUUUUUUUCUUCCCCACCUUUUAAAUGUAGUCUUAUGAGGCUUGACGGGAAGAAGUAAAGUCUGGAUAAGAGAAAUAAGGGGGGGACUAGAGAUUGAGGGCAUCUGGACAGACUCUUAUCGCCACAGCAACCACCACACAUCCACCGAGCAUCGGAGUACGCCCACAUCUUCCUGUCUGUUUGAUGGAAAGAAGACAUUUCCUCCACAAUGAGAACAAUAAGAAAAUAAUUUGACACUGAACUGUGGCCUCUCAUGAUGACCAAGCAGCCUAAUUAGAACACAGGAGACCCGAAAGCAGCAUCUUGUGGACGAACGUCUUGACCAAACAGGAACAGCCAGUUCAAGAAGUAACAACUGACAAGUCAGCUAACGCAGGAUUGGAAGAGUGAAAGGGGAUAGCUUCAGGUUUAACGGGGCACAGGAUUGGAGAAGUACUUUCAGCAGGAUUGGCUCCAGCAGAAUGAUGAGCAAAUAGAGUUGGAUUUCUCAGUGUUAACAGCACCAGUGCAGGGAUGUCUGACUUUCUGUCCAAGUGAUUAAUGUUAACCAGUACAUUGUCGAGGAAAAACAACCCAUGACACAUUUGAAAAAGUAAAGCAGAUUCAUCCAAGCAGAGUACAUUUUUAGGUGUCUGAACAACCAUGGCAAAAGCAUAUGAGUUUAUGUGGCAGAAGCCUGUUCCAGCAUUUUUGCAAGAAGGUGCUGUUUUUGACAGAUACGAAGAGGAGCCAUCCUUGUUGGAACCUAACUGUCUUGUUAAAGUGGAUGAAUUUGGAUUCUUUCUUACCUGGAAAAGUGAAGGAAAGGAAGGACAAGUACUGGAAUGUUCAAUGGUAAACAGUAUUCGAUAUGGGACUAAUCGUAAGGACCCCAAAUUACUUUCUGCACUUGAAGCAAUUGGAAAAGCAGAGAAUGAAGUGGACGGAAGGACUUUUUGUAUCUGCUGCGAUGCAGAUCUGGUAAACAUCAGCUUUACAUAUCUGGUGGCUGACAGUGCCGAAACUGCCAAGCAUUGGGUAGAAGGAUUGAGAUCCGUUGUCCACAACUUCAAAGCGAAUAAUGUCUGCCCUAUGACAUGUCUCACAAAACACUGGAUGAGGUUAUCGUUUCUGACUAAUAUAAAUGGAAAAAUUCCAGUAAGGAGUAUUACUAGAACCUUUGCAUCAGGCAAGACAGAGAAGGUGAUAUUUCAAGUCUUGAAAGAACUUGGUCUUCCCAGUGGCAAGAAUGAAGAAAUUGAACCUGCUGUUUUCACCUUUGAUAAGUUUUAUGCACUAACUCAAAAGAUAUGUCCUCGCACUGACAUUGAAGAGCUGUACAAGAAACUCAAUGGAGACAAAUCUGAUUACUUAACCGUAGACCAAUUAGUCAGCUUUCUGAAUGAAAAUCAACGAGAUCCUCGCCUGAAUGAAAUUUUGUUCCCUUUCUAUGACACGAAAAGAGCAAUGCAGAUACUUGAGAAUUAUGAACCAGAUGAAACACUGAGAAAACAAGCUAAUAUGUCGUGUGAUGGGUUCUGCAGGUAUCUGAUGUCAGAUGAAAAUGCACCCGUCUUCCUUGAUCGGUUGGAGUUGUAUCAAGAGAUGGACCAACCUCUAUCCCAUUACUUUAUCAGUUCCUCUCAUAAUACGUAUCUCAUAGGCAGGCAGUUUGGAGGCAGAUCCUCUGUAGAGAUGUACAGACAAGUCCUUUUAUCUGGAUGCAGAUGUAUUGAAUUAGAUUGCUGGGAUGGAAAAGGGGAAGACCAAGAGCCAAUAAUAACACACGGCAAGGCGAUGUGCACAGAUAUUCUUUUUAAGGAUGUAAUUCAAGCCAUCAAAGAAACAGCAUUUGUAACAUCAGACUACCCUGUCAUUCUAUCUUUUGAAAAUCAUUGCAGUAAAACCCAGCAGUACAAGAUGGCUAAGUACUGUGAAGAAAUUUUUGGAGACCUUUUAUUGAAGCAGCCCCUGGAAAUCCAUCCACUUGAAGCUGGCCGACCCCUUCCGUCCCCAAAUGAUCUGAAAAGAAAAAUACUCAUCAAAAAUAAGAGAUUGAAACCUGAAGUAGAGACAAAGCAGCUUGAAGCAUUUAAAAAUGUGAUGGAAGGUGGGGAAGCAUCCAGUCCUGCUAUUAUGUUGGAAGAUGAAAACGAAGAAGAAACAGAAAAUGAUGACCUAUCUCCAGUAUCUGUUAACCAAGAUGAAGAGGCCCACCCUGAAUUGAAAAUCAAUAGUGAGCUUUCUGCAGAUGACGUUAGUCAGGAGAAAGAGGCAAUUGCCAAUAGUGUGAAGAAGGUAAUUGAAGAUGCUGAACAGGAAAAUAACAAAAAGGGAACAAUAACGGUUGAAGAUGAACAGGCAUGGGUAUCAUCUUAUACAUAUGUUGGUGCCACCACAAAUAUACAUCCUUACUUAUCUGCCAUGGUCAACUAUGCACAACCGGUGAAGUUUCAAGGUUUUAAGGUAGCAGAAGAGCGAAAUAUUCACUACAACAUGUCUUCAUUUAAUGAAUCGGUUGGACUGGGAUAUCUGAAGACUCAUGCGAUAGAGUUUGUCAAUUAUAAUAAGCGACAAAUGAGUCGUAUUUACCCCAAGGGAGGACGAGUGGAUUCCAGUAAUUACAUGCCUCAGAUCUUCUGGAACGCGGGCUGCCAGAUGGUCUCACUGAACUUCCAGACCCCAGAUUUGGCCAUGCAAUUAAAUCAGGGAAAGUUUGAAUACAAUGGAUCAUGUGGUUAUCUGCUGAAGCCUGAUUUCAUGCGUCGACCGGAUCGGACUUUUGAUCCAUUCUCUGAGACUCCUGUGGAUGGUGUAAUUGCAGCUACCUGUUCUGUGCAGGUGAUAUCAGGCCAGUUUUUAUCAGAUAAGAAAGUUGGUACGUACGUAGAAGUAGAUAUGUACGGUCUACCCACUGACACAAUUCGAAAAGAAUUCCGAACACGUAUGGUCAUGAACAAUGGUUUGAACCCAGUUUAUAAUGAGGAACCAUUUGUAUUUCGGAAGGUAAUUCUGCCUGACCUUGCAGUGUUGAGGAUAGCUGUUUAUGAUGACAGCAACAAGUUGAUUGGUCAGAGAAUCUUACCUCUGGACGGGCUUCAAGCUGGCUACAGGCACAUAUCCCUCAGAAAUGAAGGCAAUAAGCCUCUAUCGUUGCCUACUGUCUUCUGUAAUAUUGUACUUAAAACCUAUGUUCCAGAUGGUUUUGGAGAUAUCGUUGAUGCUCUGUCAGAUCCGAAGAAAUUUUUGUCUGUGAUGGAAAAGAGGGCUGACCAAAUGAGGGCUAUGGGAAUUGAAACUAGUGAUAUAGCGGAUGUGCCAAAUGACAACACCAAAAAUGACAAAAAAAAAGCAAGUGUAACACCACAAACCAGCUCAGAAUUGGGGCAGAACUCGUCUUCUGGCCAAGGAGUUGGAAAUGAUGCUAAGAAAGAUAUAACACUGGUACCUCAGGUGAAUAUAGAGGACUUAAAGCAAAUGAAGGCCUAUCUAAAACUGCAGAAGAAACAACAAAAAGAGCUGAGUGCCCUAAAGAAAAAGCAUGCCAAGGAACAUAGUGCCACUCAGAAAUCACAUUGUACGCAAGUGGACAAGCUGGUGGCGCAGCAUGACAAGGAGAAAUUAACCCAAGAAAAGAACUUAGAAAAGGCAAUCAAGAAAAAGGGAGAAAAUAAUUGUGUUGAUUUGAAGAAAGAAACCGAGGUCAAAAUAGAAACCUUAUCUUCAGACCACAAAUUAAAGGUAAAAGAGAUUGUUACUCAACAGACCAAAGAGUGGUCAGAAAUGUUAAAUAUGCAUUGUACAGAAGAACAGGAGUUAAGGGAUCUUCACCUGAGUCAGCAAUGUGAUUUGUUAAAGAAACUGCUCAUUAGUAUGCAUGAGCAACAAAGUCAGCAUCUCAAACUUAUUCAUGAUAGGCACAGCAAGGAAAUGCGUGCUAGUCAAGCCAAGAGUUCCAUGGAGAACAGCAAGGCCAUAAGCCAUGAUAAAAGCAUCAAAAAUAAAGCUGAAAGGGAAAGGAGAGUCAGGGAACUGAACAGCAGCAACACUAAAAAAUUCAUGGAGGAAAGGAAACGGCUUGCAAUGAAGCAAACCAAGGAAAUGGACCAAUUGAAAAAAGCUCAGCUUGAACAACUGGAAGGCUUGGAGAAACAAAAUGAUCAGCUGCUGAAAUCAUGUCAUGCAGGGUCUGGCAUUCAAGGCAAAAGAGAUGCGGCAGAUGGUGAAGCUGGAGGCAGAGAUGGCUCGCAGACCAGCAACAGUGGUCUGAAUUCCCCAGAAAGUGACUGAGACAAUACAUCAGUCAGGCAUACAAUGAAUGUAGCCUGUAACAAGUAUACAAUGAAUACUGAUGCCCAAACUACAAAUUCUAGCCACAAUUUUGCUAUCUUUUCUUACCUCACAGAUCUUUUGCAGCCAUCAAUUUUCAGUAUCAAAAAAUCUGCAUACACUGAUAUGUAUGGCUUUAAUGUCAUGAGCACUUUAAAGAUUGUUAAUUCUAUUUAAUACGUCUCCAAGUAAUUUAUUUUAAUUGUGGUCUUUUAGCAAAGGUAGUCAGUAAAGCCAUACUGACAGUGAAGAUUUCAUUUAACUAACACCGUAAGAUGGUAAAUGGCUACUCGGGCAAAGCAGGGACUGGGAUGAGGUAGGGAUAGAUCAAAGCUCUAUGAAUGAUGUGCACUGGAGUACAAGUUAGGACAUAAACCACCUUCUGAUUUGCCAAGAAGUCUGUUUAUCCUGUGUAACCAUCAUCCGAAAAACAAACGUUGUGUAUAUAUACUCUAUCAGUCUAGAAUAUACACUGAAACAGUGAUGAUCAUUGAAUCUGUGCAUCUCUGUACUAUCUACAACUACUGAUAUAAGAUUUAAAAUCUUAAUAAUGCUUACAAUUUGGAGCAUCCAGGGAAUAGUUAUUGUUCCACAAGAAAGAUCUUACCCAGACAUUUUGACCCUUCAAGCGCAAAACGUUGAUCAGAAUUGGUUAAGAAAAAAAGAAAUUUAGUUCAAGGAAGUGGCACGCCAACUGCCACCUGAAGGACAGUAAGCGAAAGCAUUGCCAAGCAGCAGUUUAACACCAAAAUAAUUCCAGAAUAGAAAAAUUGUCAUACUAAUGUAAAUGUUCCUUUUACAGUUUUCAUUGCAUGGUACUGCAUUAUUAACUAUUUUGUAGCUUGCAAUGGAUUACUUGCAUGUUAAUAUUAAAUUAGGAAUGUUACUGCCCAUUAACAUUAGAUUGCCUAAAAUAGUUUGUCAUAAAAAUAUGAAGUUCUUGUCAUUUAUAUAAAUCUUCCAAAUUGUUACUAGUAAAUGAAUUUGAAAUGAUCUGCGUAUUUCCAGCAUUCAUUACUCUAUGAUCAAAGGCCUUUAUUAAGGGUUUGUUUGUAAAGGAAAUCCUUUUGAAAAUUUUGAGAGAUACAAGUUUCCAAAAAUAAUGUGUACAUGUCCAUAAGCUUUCCACUUCAAAAUAACUAAUAACAAUUGGAUAAGGGGAAAAAUGAUUCAAAGUGAAGUUGAUAAAUUGUUUCAAAAUUAAAAAAAAUUACAGAAAUAUUGAAUCAGGGAGGCUAUUUAAUAUUCUAAGCACAUAAUGUAAACAAAAUCUACAUUAUUACACAGGUGCAGGAAUGCAUAAUGUUAACUUCUAAUAAGUAAUAAACAAUAAGGUGUUCAAUAUUAUUUUCUGAGGUUUGGACUAGAGCAGCAAAGAUUUGUAUACUCCAGUCCAUGAGAAUGAAAUAAAAAUACACAUCACUAUAGACCAGAGAGUUAAUGAAUCACAUUCCUUUUAAAUGAAAGGUAAUACAGAAGUAAAAUUUUAAAAUCAAACUUCACCCAUUUGGCUAGUAAAGUGUAAUUCUAGAUAAUUUAUAACAAUAUAUCUUUAACUGCAGUGUAAAAGACUAUCUUUCAUAAUACUGCUUAAAGCAAAGCACGAGGGUCAGUUACAGGCACCAUUGUACUUCAAUAUAUAAUGCCUUGAGGAGAGGGUCAAACCUGUGUCUAAAAAGUAUUUAAAACAUUCUUGCCAAUUGGUGUUAUUUGAUAAUAUACUUUAAUGACUUAAAUUCUGUUUUUCCAAUAAUGACUAAAGCAUUACACAACAGAAGGCAAACUUGCUCUCAAAACAGUAAUGUUGAAAAUAUGAUGAAAUACUGUUUGUAAAUAUGUAUUUAAGAUUAUACCAUCAUUUAAGACCAAAAUGUGUUUUAAGGCAUAUUGAUUAUUCUAAGGGCUGUGUGAUUGUGUAAAACUUGCAGACUUGCUAAGAAUAUAUUUGUUUCUGGGAAUGCAAAUUUGUGUUAUCAGUCAUUUUGAGGGAUUCUUCUCCAGCAAAGCCAUUUUUAUCCUCUAAAACAAAUAGCUUUGACAACAUAUCAGUUAUGGUAUUGUAUAUGUAGGUAUCACUGAAACGUAUUGCAUACUACUGUAACGGUCCUUUUGAUGUACCACUGAUAAAACUGAUUGGUACUAGAAUUGCUGCUUUCACAAAGAAAUGAAGUGCAAUGUGAAAACAUUGGAAUUAUCUAAAUUUUGCAACUCGGGUAUAUAGAUUUAAAAACGAAAUCUUAUUUGCUGGUAGAUACCGUCUUUAAAUGGCUGUUUUAUAUUGGAUAACUGUCCUACUGCUUAUAUACUUAGCUAUAGUAGGUUUGCUGAAAAAGCAGGCUGUUUUACAAGUAUCACUUCCAUGUACUGGUUUUGUUUAAAUAUAUAUAAUAUAUAUUAUAUAGAAAAAGAAAUUUGGUGAAGGUGCUUUAUAUUUAUAUUGUCUGUCAAAUUAUAAGGUAGAGAAUUAUGAACCUUAAUUAAUGUUCUCUUGAUUCUUUAAUACGAUUUUAUAGUUUCUGUACCCCAUUAUAAUUAAACAACAAAAUUGAGAAGUGA